AACUCCACUUAUUUUUUGCCCUAUCAUUGCAUAACCCCACACUUUGUGCCACCAAUGACGAACCCAAUUGAGAAAUUCCCAAGAUAAAGACCCUAUGUUCUCCUAUUUACAACCACGGAGUUGGGCCCGAUUUGAAGCCUGGAUCCUGGUUGGUUAAUGUAAGGUUACCCCGUAUGACAACGGGGUUUCAGAUGCCAAUUGUGACGCAUUUGUGUGGGGAUGCUCAAGUUCAUACCAUGAGGUGUUCUCCACCACUGGCAACCUUUCAUCACAAUAGAAUUGAAAAAUUACCUGACAACCGUAAGGGUGGAGUGCAUCAAGGAUUUUGUGUAGGUUUGUGGGUUGCGCGAUGUAUAAAAACCUCUGCGAAUCCCCUUAGGUAGUCAGCUUUAAUUGAACAAUGUCAUUGAG